UAUUGAUGAACAUUCAUGCAUCUUUCUAUACUUUAACAGAGAGAGAAACAGAAAGUAACGUGAUAUGACACUUGUUUUAUAUCUUGAAAAAAAUAAAAAUAAAAGUUGAGGAUGUUUAGCAGAAAAGAGUAGUAGCACUAGCAGCAGUUCCUGAAGAAGAUGGCUUCAAUAGUUUCAGGUUUGUUAACAAACGUGUUAGACAGACUAGUAACGAGCGCUUUUCACAACAUUUCAAUGGCAAAAAAUAUGCAUUCUGAUUUAAGCAACCUUCAAAACACUCUCACAAUCAUCAACGCCUUCAUUAUCGACGCUGAAAACAAACAAACACUAAACAACUCCAUUUCACUAUGGUUGAACCACCUCAAACACGCUUUAUUCGACGCACGUGACAUUCUUGAUGAAAUUGAAUGUCAAUCUUUGAGGAAUCAGGUUCUCAAAAUAAAUGGAAAAUUCACCACUAAGGUACAACGUUUUCUCUCUUCUUCUAACCCUUUUGCAUUUCGUCUUAAAAUGGCACAUAAGAUUAAAGAUAUUAAUCAGAGGAUAGAUGAAAUUGCUUCUCUUAGGAUGAAAUUAGGUCUCUUAGAGAAUCAUUCUAUUGGAAUUGGAAGUGGAAGUGGAACUAGAAGGACUAGUACUAAUGCUUCUAGAGAGACUCAUUCUUAUGUUAGGUCUUCCCUUGUGAUUGGUAGAGAUGAUGAGAAAGAAAAGAUUAUUAGGUUUUUGAUGGAUCCACCGUUAGAUAAUGACGACAUUGAUGUUAUUCCGAUUGUUGGAAUUGGAGGACUGGGAAAGACUACUCUUGCUCAGUUGGUUUAUAAUGAUGAUAGGGUGAUUGAGAUUUUCGAAUUGCGUAUGUGGGUGUUUGUUUCUGAUGAUUUUGAUGUUAAGAGGUUAGUGUUGGAGAUUCUUAAAGCCAUGCAUGGAAUGGAGAUAGAUGCUCACAUGUAUAGUUUUGAUCAAUUGCAAAAUUUGCUUCGUGAAGGAUUGUGGAGGAAGAAAUUUCUACUUGUUCUAGAUGAUGUUUGGAAUGAAGAUUAUAGAGAAUGGCUUGAGUUGAAAAAACUUUUACUAGGGAUGCAUGAUGUUGAAGAUGAGAAAAUUGGUAGCAAGAUUGUCACGACCACUCGUAGUGACAAGGUUGCUUCAAUAAUGGGGAAUGCUUAUAAACACAGCUUGAAGUAUCUUCCAGAAGAAGAUUGUUUGAGGCUUUUUGUUAAGUGUGCAUUUCAAGCAGGAGAGGGGAAACAGCACCCAAGGCUUUUAGAAAUUGGGAAGGAUAUAGCUAGAAAGUGUAGAGGGUUGCCCCUAGCAGUGGUAAGUUUAGGGUGCCUGCUUUACUCAAAACGUAAUGAAAGUGAGUGGAAGAAAGUAAGAGAUAGUGAAAUUUGGAAAAUGAACCCUCAAAAUGAUGAUGGUAUUUUGGCUGCAUUGAAACUAAGCUAUAAUCACUUGUCAUCUGAAUUGAAACUGUGUUUCUCUCAUUGUUCGAUUUUUCCCAAGGGUUAUGAGUAUACUAAUUUGGAGCUGAUUUCAUUUUGGAUGGCCCAUGGACUACUGCAAACGAAAAAUGAAGACGAGGAGCCGGAAGAACUUGGGGAGUUUUAUAUUCAAGAGCUGGUUUCAAGAUCUUUCUUUGAAAUUGCUUCUGAGGAACAACUGGUUAUUGAUGGUCUUAUUUCCGAAGAACUUGAUCUUCUAGGCAUCACCUAUUUCAAAAUGCACGAUCUUAUUCACGACCUUGCCGUGUUCACAAUGCAAAGUGAAAGGGCAGUAGUAAAAUUCAACUCAACAAACGUUAAAGAAAAAGUGCAGCAUUUAUCAUUUGCAGACAGUGAUGAAGGAGUUCCAACCUUUGGUAAAAUGUCAAGCAAGAUCCGAACCGUUGGAUUCUGGCAUGCAGGUCAAAAUGAUCUCGCAAUCACUGAACCGUUUGUCAAAUGGAUUUCCAACAAGUUCAAGUACCUCAGGGUGUUGAACAUUCAAGGUUGUAAUUUUCAGUUCUUGCCUGAUUGUUUCAACAAAAUGAAGCAUUUGAGGUAUCUUGAUCUAAGCUAUUGCCAGAGGUUGGAAAAACUUCCGGAUUCCAUUUGCAUGCUUCAAAGCCUAGAAAUAUUAAAUCUCUGUAGAUGUGUAGCACUUGCAUAUAUUCCCAAAAAUUUGAGUAAUCUUGUCAGCCUUAGGAUUUUGUGGAUUACCACAAAAGUCACUGAUUUGUCUUUCAUACAUAUUGGGAACAUGAAAUAUCUACAAAUCUUAAUUUUGUGGAAUUGUGACAAUUUGACCUUCCUUCCACGUGAUUUGAGUCACUUAACUUCUUUAAAGAAACUGACUAUUGAGGCUUGUGAAGGGGUGAUUAGUUUUGAGGAUGAAGGAGAAGAAAAUGAAAACUACUCCUUGAAACUUGAACGAUUUUCAAUCGACAAAUUACCCAAUUUGGCAGCAUUACCUGGUUGGCUUAGACAAUCUGAUAAAACUUUGAGAUACUUGGGUCUUUCAGAGUGUUCGAGCCUAAUGGCAUUGCCAGAAUGGUUGGUAAAUAUGACAUCACUUGAGACGCUUCUCAUUGCUGAUUGUCCAAACUUGACACUACCACAACAAAUUGAUUGUCUUCAAAAUCUUCAGAAUUUAAAGAUAUAUGGAUGUCCUCAGCUAGUUGAGAGAUGCAAUCAAAAUACAGGCCCCGACUGGUGCAAGAUAGCUCAUAUCCCAAAUGUUGAAAUUGCCAGCGUUUAGGAUUAUGGACAAUAGUGCAAACACAAUCACCAAACAUCAUGGAGGUAGUAGAGACUUUGAAGUUUGCAUUACUCGAUUUCCUAACCCAUGUGUGCUGGUUGCGUGCAAUUCCUUCUAUAGCUUGCCAUGUGGUUGCGCCUUGACCAACUCCAUGUCCAAUGGAAGCAAGCCGGACAACCGACCAAGAAAUGACUCAAGCAGCCAAAAAUCGACGGAUUCAUAAGUUUUUUCUAUUCCAAAUAAAGUAAAGAAAAUAAUUUGUUAAGACAUAAUCAACUAAUAAAUUAACUACAUGUCAAUUUUUUCUGUAAGUGUGUACUCCUACUCAACUAUUUUUAUAAUUCUUUUAAUUUUAUUUUCUCUCUUUCUUGUACAUUUAGGGCCCAUUUGUGGGAAUAGAGAAGAUUGGAAAAGGUAAGUUAUUCUAUCAUAUUGUAACAUCUUGUUAUUCAUUAAUGUAAGUUUUAUCUCAAAAGAAAAAUUGAUUAGAUAGAGAUUUUUUUCACCCUUA